CCCUAGGGUUUAAGCACGACAGCAAAACCCUAAUUCCACCUUCGCCAUCCUCCAACUUCAAUUACUAUUACUUCGCAACAAAAUCCACUGCUCAAUUUCACCUCAUAGAAAUGGGAUCAAAGAAAAAGAAGGCAAACAAAUCCGUUGCCGGUGAUUCCGCCGGCGGCAGCGGGGGCGGCAAAAAUGGCAAGAAGAAGGAGAUUCAACUAAUUGAAGAUCCUCGAUUUUCAAUGAUUCACACCGAUCCAAAGUUUCACAGCAUUCCCGUUCGAAAGAAUAAGAUUUCAAUCGACCCUCGGUUUAAAGAAAUUUUAACUGACAAGGGUUUCGCGGAUUCCUCGGCGAAGGUCGAUAAGCGUGGGAAACCUAAAAAGCUGUCGGAGAACGUUUUGAAGCGAUUCUAUCAUUUGGAGGAUGAUGAAGAUGAUGAACUUAAGAAGAAGAAGAAGAGUGUUGUAAAGAAGAAGGUGGAGGAGAGUGAAGACGAGUUGAGUGGCGAUUCCUCUGAGGCGGAAUCGGAGGGGGAUUCAGAGAGUGAUGAUUUAGGUUCAACGACUGGUAGUGAUGAUGAUUCUUCGGAUGGUGUUGAUUUGUCGGAAGAUGAUGACGACUCUGUUGAGGUGGAAAAUGUACCUGUAAUUGACAGCGAAACACAUAGAUUGGCAGUUGUUAAUAUGGAUUGGAAUCAAGUUAAGGCUGUUGACAUAUUUAUGAUGUUGAGAUCAUUCCUGCCUAAAGAAGGACAAAUUAAGUCUGUAACGGUCUAUCCUUCAGAAUUUGGGCUCAAGCGUAUGGAAGAGGAAGCAGUUCAUGGUCCAAUUGCCUUGUUGGGAAAUGAGAAGAAAAAGGAUGAUGGGAGUGAUGAUAAUGAUAAUGAAGAUGAUGAUGAUGAACAUGAAGAAGAUGAUGAUGAUGAUGAUGAUGAUGAUGAACAUGAAGAUGUUGAUGACGAUGAAGAUGACGAUGACGAUGAAGAAGACAACGAGAUAGAUACUGAAAAGCUGCGUGCUUAUGAAAAGAGUAGGCUAAGGUAUUACUACGCCGUAGUGGAGUGUGACACUAUUGCUACUGCAGAUUACAUUUACAAAGCUUGUGAUGGUGUCGAGUUUGAAAGAUCAUCUAAUGUGCUGGACCUGAGAUUCAUACCUGAUUCUAUGGAAUUUCCUCAUCCACCGCGGGAUGUUGCGAAGGAGGCACCUGUUGAUUAUGAGGGGUUAGACUUUCAGACUCGUGCUUUGCAGCAAAGCAAUGUAACCCUUACUUGGGAUGAUGAUGAACCACAUCGUGUGAAGACACUGAGGCGUAAAUUCAAUGAUGACCAGCUUGCUGAAUUGGAGUUGAGAGAGUUUUUGGCUUCUGAUGAGAGUGAUGAGGAUGAGGACGAGAAUGAGGAUGAGGACGAAGAUUUAUCUGAUAAAAUAAAUAAUAAGGCCAGCAAGAACACGAAGGCUAGAAUGGCCAAGAAGGAUAUGUACCGUGCCUUGGUCCAAUCUGGGGAUGGAUCAGAGGCAGAUGAAGAUGAAGGCCAAGAUAUGGAGGUUACUUUCAAUACUGGUCUAGAAGAUAUUAGCAAGAAGAUUCUUGAAAAGAAGGAUAAAGGAUCAGAAAGUGUUUGGGAGGCAUAUCUGAGAAAGAAGAAAGAGAAAAAGAAGGCUAGGAAAUACAAGUCGAAGAACUCAUCGGACGAUGAGAGUGAUGAGAGUGAUCAAGAGCCUCUCGAACAACCAGAUGACUUUUUUGAGGAAGAUCCAUCUAUUGUUAGAAGCAAGAAGGUUACUCAUGGUAAGAAAAAGAGGGAGGAGAAGAAGAGACCCUUGGAAGAUGAAGAAACAGCAGCUACCACGGCAGAGCUUGAGCUAUUACUUGCAGAUGACAAGGGAGCAGAUAAAAAUAUUAAGGGUUACAAAAUUAAACAGAAAAAGGGCAAGGGAAAGAAGGGUAAAGAGGAUCCUGAUGAAGACAAUUUACCAACAGUUGACUAUGAUGAUCCACGUUUCUCAGCUCUCUUCACUAAUUCUGCGUUUUCUCUGGAUCCUACGGAUCCCCAAUUCAAGAGGAGUGCAACUUAUAUUCGGCAAUUAGCUCAACGGCAACAGAAUGACGGGGAAGAUGAUGCAGCAAUAGAGCCAGUGGAACAGUCAAGACCAAGUUCAAAUGACGCUAGUAGCAAAGAAGACGGGAAUUCUGUAGGUAAGUCUCGAAAGGAGAAGUUUGAGUUAUCCUCGAUUGUAAAAUCCAUCAAGAUGAAGUCUCAGCAGCUCCCUAAGCCAUCUAGUGUUAAAAUGAAAAAGGACAAGACGGAACAUGAAUCAACCAAAAAGGAAAAGAAGCAUAAGCUAGAAGGCUUGGAUCGCAAAAUGAAGAAAAAGCCUAGAAUUGUAGAAUAAGACCCAACUCACUUCAGCAACACAGAAUUUUGAUAAUUUAUUCAUUUGUAUUUUAAAUUAAAUACAUGAUUCUGCUCGAUAUUCCUUUUCAAGUCGAUUUGUUUAGAGUAGGAUUUGUAGCUUGUUUACAAUGCUGUUCCAGGCGGAGUUCUUAUAUUUCGUUAUUCUUCUUGAUAAGCUUUGGAGAAAAUGCAGAGGAAUGAAAAUCACAGUUUGUUACAA